CUCAUCCAGCCAUCUCAAUCUGCUUCUUUCAGUUCUAGCGACUUCCCCAGCCUCGUGGACGGACUUUACGCGGUGAAGCCUCGUGAUCUUAUCCUAGUACAAGUACAAGCAGCAAGGCAGCCAUGAGGCUCAUGCAUAGCGAGGACGAGGUCAUCCCGCUGCAGCAUCGCCCUCACGUCUCACCAGCCAUGGGCGAAAUUCGUAGGUUCAAAGACCCGGUGCAUGACUAUAUGCCGUUCAGCACGGAGAUAUGUGCGAUCAUUGAUACACCUCAGUUCCAACGCCUGCGGAACAUUAAGCAACUGGGAACAUCCUACUAUGUUUGGCCCGGUGCGUCGCACAACCGCUUCGAGCAUAGUCUGGGCGUUGCGUAUCUAUGCCAGCUCAUGGCGGAGCACCUGCAGAAAGCACAGCCAGAGCUGGACAUCACCCGCCGGGACAUCAAGUGUGUCACGAUUGCAGGACUAUGCCAUGAUCUCGGGCAUGGGCCCUGGAGCCACGUCUGGGACGGAUUGUUCAUUCCCCGUGCAUUGCCAAAUGUGAAGUGGAGACACGAAGACGCAUCGGACAUGAUGUUUGACGCGUUGUUGAAGGACAACGAGCUCGAACUUGAGGAGCGCGAUGCGUCCUUCAUUAAGGCGCUCAUCUUAGGGGACCCGUCAAAGUGCAUAGGGCAAGAAGAGAAGCGGUUUCUGUUUGACAUCGUUGCAAACAAGCGCAACGGGCUCGACGUCGACAAGUUCGACUAUAUCGGCCGCGAUACGCACGCCAUCGAUGUGAAGGGAAACCUCUCGCUGACUAGAUUAAUACAUUCAGCGCGGGUCAUCGACGACGAGAUCUGCUACGAUAUCAAGGAUGCCAACCAGAUAUACGAACCGUGCUAUACUAGGUUUAGCCUACAUAAGCGUAUCUAUAAUCAUAAGACUGCAAGGGCCAUCGAGUACAUGCUCACUGACGCGCUAAUGGCUGCUGAGCCGUAUAUGAACUUUGCUAAUGAUAUCUUCAAUCCUGAGAAGUAUCUACACUUGACAGAUGACAUCAGGGCAACGAUCGAGGCAUCCGACAAUCCCGAUCUGAACAACGCCAAGGCGAUCUUGCACCGGAUCCACAAGCGAGACCUGUACAAGCUCGUUGAUUACAAGGUCUUCGAGUGGGCACACUACGACAUCUGCCGAUCUCACUUCACGCCGAAGGGCAUCGUGGAGGCUGCCAAGGCGAAUAACAGUGCAGCAGCAGUGCAGGACUUGCAGCUAGACCACGUCAUUGUCGAUUUCUCGAAGAUGCAUUAUGGAAUGCAGGAUAAGAACCCACUGGAUUCGGUUAAGUUCUACUCGAAGCGGCAUCCCAAUAAGUGCCAGAGCGCGCAGCCCGGGGAUAUUUCGUUGCUGAUGCCUGCGGUGUUCGGCGAGGUCCUAGUGCGCAUAUACACAAGGGAUUCGCGCUUCCAUGGCCUGAUCCAAGCCGGCUACAAUGCACUUUUAACCACGCUGCCUUCGAUAUCAGACGGACCUGCGUCAUCUACCCUCUGGGACGACCUGAGGCUCACUCCGGAGCUCGAACAUACAGCGCUCGCGCCACGUCCAACGAAACGCACGUUUUCUCGGGUGCAGAGCGCCGGUGCGCGGCUGUUCAGCGUGUCGCCCAAUAACUUCACGGCGGUGCCCGCGGACUUCACAGGUGGGAAACGGGCGCGUAAGGGGGAGGGGCGGUCGCUGUCACCGUCGCCGAAGAGGAAGAAAGCGGACUAGAUGAUUGGCUAGUCCGGUAUUCAGUCUCGAUGUGACGGGCUGAAUACGUUGAUGGGUAGGACUCUUACUCUGCGCAUGUCCAAAUUGCUAUCGUGUAUUAGUGCUUUGCGAUCGCUUUCUCGCUUUGGUGUUGUUAGACUGACAGGCUUAUUCUCGGCACCUUCUAUGAAUUAAGUGCAUCUCAAUACAGGGACAUUUCAUCUAAGAUCUGGC